UUGCAGCAGCCAUUUUAUCGACUGUUCUACUAUUUUUUAUCUUCUGCAGGCACAAUCUGGAUGCAGGAAAUCCUCCCACUGCUGCUGAAUGGAGGCGAUCUGACCCCAAUCCAAACCAUCCCUAACUGGGAUAGGGUCCCCUGGCUGGAGGAGAAAAGAUUAGCAGUGAUUGCGGAUACGUUGACUGCUCCACGGGCAAUGGUCACACAUUUCCCUUUCCGACUCAUGCCCCCAUCCUUCCACGCCUCCAAAGCAAAGGUGAUCUAUGUCAUGCGGAACCCUAAGGACAUCCUAGUGUCUUCAUACUACUUCCAUCAGAUGGCCGAAUUCCUUGAUGAUCCAGGGACCUUUGAUGAAUUCAUCGAAAAAUUCCUUGAUGGCAAUGUGAUGUUUGGAAAAUGGACCGACCAUGUGAAAGGCUGGAGAACUGCCGAGCUGGGAGACAGGAUACUGUUCAUCACAUAUGAAGAAAUGUGUCAGGUAUAACAUAAACAUGUGGAG